AUGACGCGCGCACAGCAAACUAUCUCUAUUGGCUUACUCGUCACUUCGUUAUACCUGGCAGUUUACUUGGAGUUAAUACCUCUUCCUGGAAAGGUUUCUGAGGAGGUUAUUCCUGUGUUGCCAUUCUGGGUGUUGGUUUCGUUUGGAGCGUAUCUUUUGGGGAAGUUGGGCUAUGGCGUUUUUACGUUUAACGAUGUGCCAAAGGCGCAUGCGGAAUUGAUGGAGGAGAUUGAGUUGGCGAGGAAGGAUCUCAGAACGAAAGGUGUGGAUGUCGAUUAGAUGGUGAAGGACGACGUGUUUCGGGCAAGGAGAGGCAGCGCGAAUGGAUAUCGAGUGGCAUACUGGCAGCGGGUUGGAGUCGGAAGGUUGAAUGGAAG